CAGAGUGCACGCUAGCAGCAGGUCAUCGGUAGGUCAGCCGAAACCAUAACAUAUAUUUUUGGCGACGGAAGGUAGUGGAUCAAGAUGUCAAUUUCAGCGGAAGACCUGAAAAUCAUUUUGUUGCAGCAACAGCAGCAAUUUGAAACAGCACAGCUGCGUAUGAUUGAAACCCUCACCCAAAUGUUAUCUGUGCAGCCUACGGUCGUUCAGAACAAUGGGAAGCCUUCGGCGGAUGCGAUGAUCAGUAGUGUUAAUGAGUUCAUAUUCGAUCCUGACUCAGGAUUAAUAUUCGAUGCGUGGUUCAGGCGCUAUGAAGAUGUUUUCAGGGCAGAGUUGUCAGGUCUCGAUGAUGCAUCUAAAGUUCGCCUUUUGUUACGAAAACUCGGAACGGUUGAACAUGACAG